AUGUUUGGAAAGGAUUCUUUCUUCCCUGAUGGUCGUGUUAGACCACUAACUGUUGAAGCUUCUGACAAUGCUUGGUCUUUGCACAGCACGCGAUCUUACAGGCGUCGUUUCUUCGCUUCACUCCAUCAGCGUAUGCGCCGCCAGACUAUCUCCGAUCCAGAGUUGAUCUGUCUCUCCACAGCCGGGACAGGCCUUCUUGGUUUUGACUGUAGUGUGAGUCAUUUGUUAGUGCUCUUCUUUUAUCCUCUUUAUAUAAUAAAGUACUAA